CUUUUCAUUUCAGUUGUUCGCGCGCGCUCAUUGAGAGUGCAUGUUUGUGUGAAUCGGCCCCGGAACGUUCACUGUGUGUUGCGUACAGUGUUAUUUUAUCAUUUCUCAAAACGGUACAUGUUCAGUGUUGAUCAGUGACCAACAGUGUUGUUAAAUACAGUUUGUGAUAUUGGAUUUCGAGCGAAUUACGGAUAUAGUUGUGUCCGUUUACGAAACGACACAACUACAGCGAGCGGCGAGCACAGAAGGCGUGAUGCGGGCGUCGGCGGCGGCGGCGUGAUGCGCGCGCGACUCCCGGCGGGCGCGGCGCCGGCGCUGCUGCUGGCGCUGCUGGCCGGCCUGGCCGCGGCGGCGCAGGACUCCAGGCUCACCGGUACCUCAGGCUACAAAGUAUGCCCCUCCAUGGACGUGCGCGGCGACGUGGAGUCGCUGCUGAAGCUGCGAGGCUGCUCCGUGAUCGAGGGGCAGCUCAGCAUUGUUCUGCUGGAGCGCGCCAACGAGACCUCCUUCGCGAACCUCUCCUUCCCCGAGCUCAGAGAGGUCACCGGCUUCAUCAAGAUCUAUAGACUGAAGGGGCUCCGGUCACUGGGGGAUCUGUUCCCGAAUCUGUCUGUGAUUCGAGGCAUUUCGCUCUUCAGGGACUAUGCGCUCGUCAUCUAUGACAACGAAAACUUGAACGUGCUCGGCCUACACUCGCUGUCGCGCAUAGAGCGCGGCUCCGUGCGCAUAGAGAGGAACGACAAGCUGUGCUACACCAACACCAUCGACUGGUCGCGCAUCGUGGCCAACGGCGUCGACAACAACAUCAUCAGGAACAACUACGACACGCGUCUCUGCGGUCUGUGCCCCGAAGCCGACGGGCGUACGGAGGAGCGGCGCGGGCCGCGCGCCUGCCCCGCCGACGCCGCCGGCCGCCUGCUCUGCUGGGACGACAAGCACUGCCAGAAGUUAUGCCCCGGCACGUGCGGCGACCGCGCGUGCAUGUCCAACGGCUCGUGCUGCCACGCGGCGUGCGUGGGCGGCUGCGACGGGCCCUCGCAGCACGAGUGCCACGUGUGCCGGCACUACUCGCUCGGCUACGGAGGGAAUCGGACGUGCGUGGCCAAGUGUCCCGCCGGGACUUAUGUGUUCCUCCGUCGCUGUAUAUCAGAGCUGGAGUGCCGCAGCCUGCCGCCCGCCGCGCCGCCGCCCGACGGCAAGAAGCGGCCACCCCGGAACUACAAGACCUUCAACGGAACCUGCAUCUAUGACUGUCCAAGCGGGUACAUGGAGGCGGGCGACGCUCGCAACUCGACCUGCUCGCCGUGCCCGGCGGGCGGCUGCGUGCGCGAGUGCGGCGGCGGCACCAUCGACUCCGUCAACGCGGCAGAACAGUUCCGCGGCUGUACGCAUGUGAAGGGCACCCUCACUAUUACCUUGAGAGCUAGCGGCGGAAACACCAUGGCCGAACUGGAGACCUUUCUGGGCGAGAUCCGCGAGAUCGAGGGGUACCUGAAAGUUAUCAGAUCACACUCUCUGGUAUCCUUGAGCUUCCUCAAAAGCCUCAGACGCAUUGUUGGCAAGGACACUGAUAAUACUGGGAAAAACCAGUCGUUCUACAUAUUCAACAACCCUAACUUGGAGCUGCUCUGGAACUGGACGAAGCACGGCCCUAUAGAGAUAAUGAACGGCAACCUGUUCAUACACUUCAACCCGAAGCUCUGCUAUAACCUGAUCGAGCCGCUGAUGACCAUGACCCGGAUACCGAAGGCCAAGUUCGACGAGCUGGAGGUCUCCGCGGAGAACAACGGCGAUCAGGCUUCUUGUUUCCAAGACAUCCUGCACCUCCAAGUGUCCCUGCUCCACCGGACGGCGGUCAUCCUGACGUGGAACAUGUACUGCCUCGAGGACAUCCGCAAGCUGCUGGGCUACUCCAUUUACUAUAUCGUGGCGGAGUACAACAUCACGCAGUACGAACGCCGGGACGCGUGCUACGAUUCAUGGAACGUAUUGGACGUCACUAUCGACGAGAUUCAGAACAGUACAAAUGUGUCUAAAACGAAGACCAGUCUGUUGAGUAACCCGUGUAGUAACAUUCAGCCGUUGUUCCGUCCGCUGACGCAUCUGAUCCCGUUCACGAGAUACGCGGCGUAUGUGAAGACGUACACGACGCUGCAAGACAAGAGGGGCGCGCAGUCCCCGAUCAUUUACUUCACCACUUUGCCUGGAAAACCCAGCCCACCGCUGAACGUGCUGGUAGAGAACCUUGACGCGCACACGGUAUACGUGAAGUGGUCCCCUCCGUCGAUGCCCAACGGAACCCUCCAACUGUAUAGAGUGGAGGUGCAGGCCAACGACUACAACCAGCCGCAGAUCGUGCAACUGGACUACUGCAAGAACCCCAGCGCCUUCGCGAACCUAAUAACCAUUCGCAAGGACGAGUCGAUGGAGAAGAAGAAAUACCUACCUUCUACCGGAGACGUUAAGGACGAGAGUUGCACGUGCCGCGGCGAGAGCAAGUCGUCGUCCGGCACCCGCUUCAACUCGCAGGUGGAGGCCGCCGCCGACUCCAUACUGUUUGAAAACGCAUUGCAGAAUGAGGUGUACAUAAAGAAGUCCCCCAACCGGAGCAGCAACCGCACGCUGACCCGCAUCCGGCGCGCCAUCGACAGCAGCCUCGUCAUCCUGAGCAACUACACCAACCCCGUGCCCGACAUGAAGUCCAACAACGUCACUGACGAGCGAGGUUUCGUCCGCACAGUCUACUUCGAGCUGAGCGGCACUUCCCUCUCCCUGACCAUCCCCAAGCUGCGGCACUUCACGUGGUACACGGUGUCGGUGUGGGCGUGCCGGGAGAAGGUGGACAACGAGACGCGCAAGGCGUACGACACGCUGUGGUGCUCCGAGCGCGCGCACGACACCUUCCGCACUUCCGAUGAAGUGAACGCGGACGUCGUAAAGAACGUGCGAGCAGAAAUCAUAUCUUCAAACAAGACGCUGCCAGCGGCGGAAGUCAACGUGACGUGGGACCCGCCAGACGACCCCAACGGCUUUGUCGUGGCUUACGACAUGCAUCAUACCAGGGUGGAGGCUAACAGUCCGACGGCAGACGUGGGCCUGCACAGCUGCAUGAGUGCAGAUGACUACGAGAGCAACGGCGGCGGCUACCUUCUACGCAACCUGGCCCCCGGGAACUAUAGUGUCAAGGUCACGCCUGUCACUAUAGGCGGGCCCGGGAACGUGUCGGCGGAGAUCUACGUGUUUAUUCCUGAGCGCGGGCUGGGCUCGGGCUACGAGUGGGUGUGGGGCGUGGUGGGCGGCUGCGCCAUCAUGCUGCUCAUACUGGGCGGCGGAGUGUGGUACGCUCGCCGCUCAUUCUUAACCCCCAACGAAGCGAACAAGCUGUUCGCGAGCGUGAACCCGGAGUACGUGUCCACGGUGUACGUGCCGGACGAGUGGGAGGUGCCGCGCUCCAACAUCGAGUACGGGAAGGAGCUGGGGCAGGGCUCGUUCGGCAUGGUGUAUGAAGGCGUUGCAAAGAACAUUGUCAAAGGCCAAGCGGAAACUCGGUGCGCUGUGAAAACUGUCAAUGAACAUGCCACUGACAGGGAGCGCAUCGAGUUCCUCAACGAAGCGUCAGUAAUGAAGGCCUUCGAUACGUGGCACGUGGUGCGUCUGCUGGGCGUGGUGUCGCGCGGGCAGCCCACGCUGGUGGUGAUGGAGCUGAUGGAGCUGGGCGACCUCAAGUCGUACCUGCGCUCGCACCGGCCCGACGCCGACGCCGUGCCGCCCGACCUGCAUCAGAUACAGCAGAUGGCGAUAGAGAUCGCGGACGGCAUGGCGUACCUGUCCGCCAACAAGUUCGUGCACCGCGACCUCGCCGCCAGGAACUGCAUGGUCGCCGGGGACCUCACCGUUAAGGUGGGCGACUUCGGCAUGACGCGCGACAUCUAUGAGACUGAUUACUACAGGAAGGGCUCCAAGGGGCUGCUGCCCGUGCGCUGGAUGAGCCCCGAGAGCUUGAAGGACGGGGUGUUUUCGAGCAAUAGUGAUGCGUGGAGUUACGGCGUUGUCUUAUGGGAGAUGGCGACGCUAGCAAUGCAGCCUUAUCAGGGUCUCUCCAACGAGCAAGUGGUCCGCUACGUAGUAGAAGGCGGCGUGAUGGAGCGGCCCGAACACUGCCCCGACCGGCUCUACGAGCUCAUGCGCGCGUGUUGGGCGCACAAACCGAGCUCGCGGCCCUCCUUCCUGCAGCUGGUGGCUGAGUUAGCGCCCGCCGCCAAGCCCUACUUCCGACAGCGGUCGUUCUUCCACACACCUCAAGGGCAAGAACUGUACGCGCAACAGCGGAUAACAAUGGAUGACGAGCUGGAGCUGCGCGGCGUGAACGUGGGCGCGGCGGCGACGGGCUCGGGCUCCAACCUGUUCGGCGUGUCGGGGCGGCUGGCGUCGUGGGUGCGCGAGCUGUCGCUGGUGCGCUCGCGCGCGUCCGACGACGCCGCCGCCGAGCCGCUGGCGCCGCCCGCCGAGCGCGCCAUCCACCUCAAGCCCACGUCCGCGCCCGGCGCCAACGGGCUGCUGCGCGACGCCACGCCCUGCUAGCGCCGGCCGCGCCGCGUCCCCUACGUCGCGCUCGACUAGCGGCACACCGAAUCUCACCGACCGAUAUCUACCUCGAGUCCUCGCUCGCGACGCGACGAACUCUUCGAAUCCUAGCUUGUAAGCGAACCUAGUGACAUGCGACUUUAAGUUUAAUUUAUGUGACGACUGUGAGUGCACGCUCGACGGACGAACUGUUUAGUUGUAAUGUAUUAUAAUAAUAGGGAGACUGCAUCUGGCCAUCGGCGCCAAGUUCGAUAUCGACUGUGUUGUGCGUGUAAGUUAAUAUUUAUGUACAUAGUUAUAUAUUUUUGUUGGACGUCGUUGUUCGGCCUAGCCUUUGGGAGCUAAGCGAUAUUAUUAACUGUUACACUGUCUAGUAAUAGAUUUCAUAUUUCGUGUUAAGUUAAAUAUUGCUAAUUAUUUUUGACUUUAGCAUAAUUUUAUUUAUAUAUAAAUAAGUAAGGGUAAUCCUAAACUCCUCUCUGCAUUUACUAUUUAUUUAUUGCGCAUGGAGUGCGGCGACCGCGAGCCGCCGCCGCCGACGCCGCGCGCCCGGCCGGCCGCGAGAUCGGUACUUACGAUGAAUCUGUUGUUAUAUAUCAGGAAUUUAAUAUUAAAUUUACAUUGGUUAUUCCCGUGAGUCCUACGUUGUUUACCUCAAUAAAUAGUAUGUAACACCAACGUCUUUUUGACAUAGCCUAUUAUAUCACUAAGUUAUUUCAUAAGUUGUAAAUUGUAUAAAAUGUUAUAGUUAUAUGGUAGUUAGAGUUUGUACAAAUAUAUUAUUUUUCUGAUAUAUAACGUAAAUACUUUUAAGUUUUAAACUAACUUAGUAAAUGACGGUGUUCAACAUUUGGUAACUGUUCUGAUAGCGGUCCGUAGACACUAGUGGGUUGAGGACCACCUCCUUACAUAUAACAUUAAUACUUUACUUACUCAAAUACUCAUAUUCUGUGCUCGACUUCAUUCAUAUAAUAACUUAUUUACUUAUCUUACUUCUGUAACCCCUUGAUUUCAUAACUUAAUUGGAAAUAUACAACCAAAGACUUGAAUGAUUAGUAUGAAUUGUAUUAGUAGCUGAAUAGAAAGCAAGAUUCUAUAUUUUGUACAAUGAAUAUGAUUGCUUAUUAGUUAUUAACUUAUGUACUAUUACAUAUUUACCUACUUUUGAAAUCCAUGUGUUCCGUUGCGAUAGGCUUUACAUCAAUUAAAUUAACUACAUACAUUAUAAUACUAUACGUAUAUUUUAUUGUAUGAUUGAUUUUAUUGUAUAACGUUUCAGUGUCGAUGUAGCAAAAAUUUACAAAUUAUAGGUACUGUGUUUUCAUAUAUAUUUCACAUUUAUACAUAUGUAUUAUCCCUCUCGUUGAAUGUUAAUUCACUUUUGUAAAGUUACUCUUAAAGUAAUUUUUAGCAAAAAAUAUAACCAGUGUAUAAAUAGCUGUGAAGCUGUGUCUGGUUUGGUCAGUUUUUAUGGCGCAAAUUAUUUACUAUUGAAUUUCAAGUGCCUAAUUUCUGUGACCAUGUCAAACUCAUCCAUAUCUUGAAUGUAUUGUCGAGACCAUUGUUGCACAAAAAAUGUCCAGUAACAAAAUGUAAUUUGACUCCAAACGCAGAUUUAAUAAGGCCUGGAGUCUUUAAUCCAGGGUAAGAAAACUAGUGCCUUCUUAUAUCCAGCCUUCAGCGUCUAGUGACGCGACUGUUCGUUUCACAAUAGGGGUAGAGGUACGUCAAGUUGUCUUAUAAGUUAUAAGUAAUAGUCUCAAUUUCUUUGAUGUUUAUUCUACCUGUUGUGCAAAACUAACAGAACGAAACAGUUGCUGCUGGUCGUGUCGCGAGGGAUCGAAGCACUAGAUGAUUGUAGUUUUAUUUAUUAUCAAAUGUACCUACAUUCUAUCAGAAUCAUUUGUCAUUAGGUAAGUGAAGGCUAGAUGCACACGAUGCGAGUUAUGUGGUCGAAGCGAAGUCGUGGCAACUAGCCCGAAUAUCCGAGCGUAUACAUGCCGAGUGGCUGAAGGCACCUUGCAUAGUGUGCAAGAGAUUUAAAAAUUCGUUUCCAAAGUUUAGAUCCAAAUAUUGUUUUAAUUUUAAAAUAUGCAUUGCAUAGUGCCUUUUGCUCAAUUUUAUGCAACAAAAUUACAGUGCACCGCUACUGGUGUGUGUUUGAAUUAGGGAGCAUAUUCUUCGUUGACCUCGCUAACUCUGACACAGUUCUAGUAUAGCUGCGGUGAAGAAGCACAGGUGAAGCACAUAGGACUGUGUCGCAGUAAGCGGCGCCCUCGCACAACGUUGCCUCCCACGGCGAUCCCGCGGGGCUUUAAUUUAUAUCAUUUACGCACUUAUUGUAUCAGUAUUUAUUUCUUAUUGUGAUUUCCACCUUAUAAGGCAGCUAUUAUUACCUCAUUUUAGUAAUUAAAGUUAUGCAUGACUGAUGAAAUAAUUUCCAAAUGUUGAGGUCCUCGUAUGCGUGAGACGUGCGUGUGUGUGUGUGUGAGUGUGAGAGUUGUGUCGUCGGGGUAGCGUUGUGCUCUGUGCUCAAUUUAGAUACAAUCUCACACUACGAUUGAGAUAGUGUACAAUUUUAUAAUUUAAUGAAAACCGAGUACCUAUUAAUAAUAAUUUUAAUAUUUAUAUUGAUGAACUGUUACAAUUAGUAAAAUGUAGUUUAAAUAUCAAAUUGUAUCUUAAAAUUAAGUCCCGAUUGUUUAAAUAUAUUUUGUACUGCGUCAGAAAUCUUAUACGAUUUUCAAAUAAAAUUGAUUUUUCAAUUA